GUGCAAUGGAGAAUAGCCAUUUAAGUGAUCAAGAAAUUGUUCCCACUAGUCAGGAUGAAUCGAGUUUACAAGUUUCAAGUGAACUCAGAUUGUUAAAUCUUAAUUCUGAUGAGUUUUUAGCCGAGGAAAAAAAUGCUACAUUCAGUGAUGAAGAUGCUUCAGUUAGCAAUGAAGAUGCUUCA